AUGCCCUAUGCCCAACACUGUUUUGCCAAGUCUGGGAAGGACUCCCCCUCUAACUUAGGCCUUCACCUGCUCCCUCACUGUGAAGGUACAGAGGCCUUUCAUGCUGCACAGAAGCACUACACAUGCAGUGAAUGUGAGAAAGUCUUCUGCCAAAAGUACAGACUUGCUCAGCACCAGAGAGUCCACACUGGAGAGAGGCCGUAUGAGUGCAGCGAAUGUGGGAAAACCUUCAGCUACAAACGUACACUUGUUCAGCAUCAGCUCAUUCAUACUGGAGAAAGACCUGACAAGUGCAGCAAGUGUGGGAAAACCUUUAACAACAAACCCACACUUGUUCGGCACCAGCAAAUUCAUACAGGAAAAAGGCCAUAUAAAUGCAGUGAUUGUGGGAAAUUAUUUAGCCAAAACUCCAGCCUUAGUGAACAUCAGAGAAUUCACACUGGGUCACGGCCUUAUAAGUGCAGUGAAUGUAGAAAAUUCUUUACCUCUAAUUCCAACCUGGUUAAACACCAGAGAGUUCACACAGGAACAAGGCCUUAUACGUGUGGUGAAUGUGGGAAAUUUUUUAACCAGAGCCCCAGCCUCACUAAGCAUCAGAGAAUUCACACUGGGGAAAGACCCUAUGAGUGUACUGAGUGUGGUAAGCUUUUCAGCCAAAGCUCUCUUCUCAUUAAGCACCAGAGAAUUCACACAGGAGCAAGGCCUUACAAGUAUACUGAACGUGGGAAACUUUUUAGCCAAAGUUUUGGUCUCAGCACCAGAGUGUUCACAUGAGACAAAGACCCUAUGAGUGCAGUGAAUGUGGAGAAUUUAUUAGCCGAAGCACCCAACUUAGCACCGAGAAGUUCACAUCAGAGACACAAGCAGGCCUCAGGGGUACAGCAAAUGUGGAAAGGUUUUUAGUCAAGGAUCUGCUCUGAUUGAACACCAGAAACUUUAUGUCCCAGACAGACCUUAUGACUGCCUCAUAUG